AUGAUGAAGUCACAAGUAUCAUCCAUCCUUGCGCCGCUGGCCGGCCUCCUAUCUCUGGUUGGCGGCCUCGAACUCGACCUGACCAGUCAGGACUCGAUCAAAUCCGUCACCUCGACACUGGCAUACGAUAUGAUGACCUUUUAUUCGGGAAACCAGAGUGGACAAGUCCCCGGAUUAUUACCCGGGCCUUGUGACUCGACAGCAUGCUACUACUGGUGGGAAGCUGGGGCUAUGUUUGGUUCUCUCAUCAAUUAUUGGCAAUAUACGGGCGACGACAGUUACAACUCCGUCGUUUCUCAGGCAUUACAGUUCCAGAUUGGGCCGGACGAGAACUACAACCCGCCGAACCAGAGCAAGAACAUGGGUGUCGAUGAUCAAGCGUUCUGGGCAUUUUCGGCGAUGGAUGCGGCGGAGGCCAACUUCCCUGACGUGGGCGGCGAAGCUCCAUCUUGGCUGGCCCUCGCCCAAGCCGUCUUUAACUUCCAGCGCGAUCUUUGGGACGCCGCCACCUGCGGCGGUGGUAUGCGAUGGCAGGUCUAUUCGUUCAAUGCCGGUUACAAUCUGAAGAAUACCAUCUCCAAUGGCGGCAACUUCCAACUGGCCGCUCGUUUGGCCCGAUUUACGGGUAACCAAACCUACGCCGACUGGGCCAACCAAAUGUGGGAUUGGAUGGCCGCCAGCCCCUUGUUCCAAUAUCAAGAUGAUACUCUCUAUAUCUGGGACAACACCAACGUGGACAACAACUGCAGUGAUGUCGCUCAUUACGCCUGGACCUACAACUAUGGGACCAUGUUGGUUGGUGCCGCUUAUUUGUAUAACUUCACCAAUGGCGCCGAGCCAUGGGGAAGCCGGGUCGACCAGAUCUUGAAAGGAGCUUUUACCUUGUUUUUCCCGGCCGAAUACGGUGGUAACAUCAUGUCUGAAUUCCAGUGCGAACCUGCCAGCAAUUGCAACAACGAUCAAAGCAGUUUCAAGGCCUAUCUAUCUCGAUGGCUUGCCGUGACCAGCUUGUUAGUUCCCGGCACCGCGGGAGAUAUUAUGCCCAAAUUGCAGGCGAGUGCGGCGGCGGCGGCUCAACAAUGUACUGGCGGUAACAAUGGACGGAUGUGUGGUCGGCGGUGGUACUCCACUUACGAUGGAACCAGCGGUGUCGGCCAGCAGAUGCAAGCCCUUAGUGUCAUCGGUGCCACGACGAUUAACGACUCAAUCGCUCCGAAGUCAGCAAACACCGGUGGUACAUCCAAGAGCGAUCCCAACGCUGGAUCCGAUGCCAACUCUUCGCCGACGAUCGAGCAUUCCCCCAUCACGACCAAGGACAAGGCAGGUGCUGGUAUUCUGACAGUAUUGGCCAUUCUCGUCAUCAUUGGAGGGAGUAUCUGGAUCAUCAUGUAG